UAGUUUGUCGUGACUCCACACUGCCCAGGAGCGCACUUUAAAUCUUCUAAACUAUAACGUGAUAUGUUACAUUAAUUUAAAGGCCAGCUCCCUGUUUCUUUGUGAGUUUAUUUUUAGGACUAUCACAUCAUGCGUCUCCAGUUUUUCCUGUGCGUAAUGGCCCUGCACGUCUGCCCAUAUCUGAUCGCCGGGUCGCGUGUAGCCAAACGCUCCGUCAUUGAAUGCUCCAAAAUGUGCAACAAGUCGCAGUGCACGCUGAUCCCCGCGGACUGCGUGGCCGGCGACGUGCUGGACAGCUGCAACUGCUGCCCGGUGUGCGCGUCCGGCGAGGGUGAGCAGUGCGGCGGCACCGGAGACCGUGGGUGCGCCGAGGGGAUGGAGUGUGUGGUGAGCGACGGUGUGGAGGUGUCUGCCACCGUCAGGCGGAGGGGUAAGGCCGGUGUUUGCGUAUGCACCAACUCCGAUCCGGUGUGCGGCAGCGACGGUGUCUCAUACCGGAACAUCUGCGAGCUGAAGCGCGUCAGCAACCGGGCGUUGAAGCUGCAUCAGCCGCCGGUGAUUUUCAUCCAGAGAGGAACCUGCGGGAAAGGUCAGCAGAACCCUGACAGUCUUCGUUUCAAGUACAACUUCAUCGCUGACGUGGUGGAGAAGAUUGCACCUGCUGUCGUUCACAUUGAACUGUACCGCAAGAUGAUUUUUUCUAAGCGGGAGGUGGCAGUAGCCAGCGGCUCUGGCUUUAUUGUAUCAGAAGACGGACUCAUCAUCACCAACGCCCACGUGGUGGCCAACAAGCACAGAAUCAAGGUGGAGCUGAAGAGUGGAGCCACAUUCGACGCCAAGAUCAAAGAUGUGGAUGAGAAGGCUGACAUUGCUCUAAUCGAGAUUGAUGCACCGAUGAAGCUGCCGGUGCUGAUGCUCGGCCGCUCGGCAGACCUGCGUCCUGGAGAGUUUGUGGUGGCCAUAGGCAGCCCGUUCUCCCUGCAGAACACCGUCACCACCGGCAUCGUCAGCACCACCCAGAGGGGAGGCAAGGAGCUGGGCCUUCGCAACUCCGACAUGGACUACAUCCAGACAGACGCCAUCAUCAACUACGGCAACUCAGGAGGACCGUUAGUCAAUCUGGAUGGAGAGGUUAUUGGCAUUAACACUCUGAAGGUCACAGCAGGAAUCUCCUUUGCCAUCCCCUCAGACAAGAUCAGAGAGUUCCUGGCAGAGGCACACGACAGACAGGCCAAAGGUAAAAUAUUCCAGAAGAAGAAAUACAUUGGAGUCAGAAUGAUGAGUCUCACUCAAACGUUGGCUAAGGAGCUGAAGGAGAGGCAGUCAGACUUCCCAGAUGUCACCUCCGGGGCGUACGUCAUUGAGGUCAUCAGCCGAACUCCAGCUGAGGCAGCCGGCCUGAAGGAGAGAGAUGUCAUCAUCAGUAUCAACGGCGAGCGAAUCACAUCGGCCAAUGAUGUCAGCGCAGCCAUAAAACGGAACGAGAAGCUGCGAACGGUUGUGAGGCGAGGCAACGAGGACAUCAUCCUCACCAUCGUGCCCGAUGAGAUCGAGCCUUGACCUCUCAGCUGAAUGAUCAACAAUCAACAACGCACCCAGUCAACCGAUUACAGAGCUGGCUCUCAGUGUUUUCCAACCAUGAACACUUUUAAAAACCAAGCAACCAAUAGGGCGGUGUGCGUCUGUGGCCACACCUACUGCAUUUAAGAACUUGUAAUUAUGAGCUCUACUACUACUCUUCCAUGCUGUUCCGCUCGCACACUCCUUCAAAGGCCCAACUUCCUGACCCUGGCAGCUGAAGCUUCAACCCAGUCGUCAUACUUGUCAUAUUAGUUUUUCUUCUAAUCCCAAUUUACUUUCCAUCAUCACCGACCUUUUAUAUUCUACUCAACACUUAUCUGUUGCUACAAAGAGGUUACUGCAGGUUACCGUAGUUUUGUUUUGUUGUUUAUGUUCUUGAUGGAAUAUUUUUUUAAUAGUAUUUUUCUCUGUAUGUGUUUUAAUGACAAUUUUUCAAAAAACGGGGAAUAAAUUUUAUUUUCAAA